UUAAAAUUUUGUUCAAUUAUCAGUAGCGGUUUAACCGUCAAAAGAGAUUUUUGUAAAAUCAAUAUCAUGUAUUUCAAGGUACUUUCCCUGGCCGCAAUCGUCGCCGUGGCAUCAGCUCGGCCACAACACGAGCAGGACUCGCACGGCCACGCGUACUCGUCGCAGAGCAUCGUGCUGCACCAGAGUCACGCGCAGGCGCACCACGAGCCCGCUGACGAACACCAGCAAUUAGUGCUGUUGCACCAGCCUGCGCAGCAGCAUCAGGAGGACCACCAUGUCGACUACUAUGCCAUCCCCAAAUACGCAUACGAGUACAAAGUGGAGGACCCUCACACGCACGACAGCAAGUUCCAGCACGAGACCCGCGACCACGACGUCGUCAAGGGAGUGUACAGCCUGCACCAGCCUGAUGGCAGAAUCAGGAUUGUUCACUACACCGCUGAUAAAAAGAAUGGGUUCAAUGCUGAAGUGAAAUACGAAGGCCACGCUCAACAUAUAGUGCCUGAACAUCAACACCAUCUUUAAACUGUGAUACACACCUAGGAUUUCAAAUUAUAGGACUGUUACUCUGUUAAAUAUGAUAGAUAGAAAUAAAUUAACACAUUUCAAAAUAAUA